GCCCCUGAGCUUGGGGUUAGCUGUCCCUUCUUACAGCAGGGAGUGGGAGGCUGCUGAAAGUAUCAGAGUCAGACUAAAGCCCGGGUGUGUGGAAGGGGUGGCCCCAGUGAUCGUACUCCCAGCGCUGUGCUCCACACUCUGCCACCGCAGCGGCAGCAGGAGGAGUCGCCGGAGCCUGGAAAGUGAAAGGGAAACUAGCCCCCCCCGCUGGCGCGGCGAGCAGCCCCGGGCUCCAUGAAGCUGCUGGGGCUCUGGCUCUUGUGCCGCCUGCUCCCCGGCGGGGGCCGCUCCUCCCCGCAGCCCUCGGGGAUCCAGCCACGGGGUAACAGCGGCGGCCGCACUGAGUUGCCCGGCUCCCUGAGCCUCUCCCACGCUCGCUGGGGCAGCCGGGAUGGGCGAGAGGAGGCCGCCCUGCGGGAAAGUAUUAAAAGAAUUAGGAGUUUGAAUUCUUUAUCAUCAGAUGACAAUACGACUGCUUUCUAUGGAAUAAAUCAGUUUUCUCACUUGUUUCCUGAAGAUUUUAAAGCUAUUUAUUUAAAAAGCAGACCUUACAGCGUUCCCAGAUACACAGAAGUGCUGAAGAGAAAAGAAACACCGUUACCAGCAAAGUUUGACUGGAGGGACAAGAACGUUGUCACCCAAGUGAGAAAUCAGCAGACAUGUGGAGGCUGCUGGGCUUUCAGCGUUGUGGGUGGAAUAGAAUCUGCCUAUGCAAUCAAAAUGAAGAUUCUGGAAGAACUCAGUGUACAGCAGGUCAUUGACUGUUCAUACAACAAUUACGGCUGCCAUGGUGGCUCUACUGUUAGUGCUCUCAGCUGGCUGAAUCAGACACAAGUAAAAUUGGUGAAAGAUUCUGAAUACACUUUUAAAGCUCAAACAGGACUGUGCCAUUAUUUCCAGUCCUCUGAUAUUGGAGUUUCAAUCACAGAUUAUACUGCGUAUGACUUCAGUGGCCAGGAAGACGAAAUGAUGAAGAAGCUUGUUAACUGUGGACCUUUGGCAGUGACAGUAGAUGCGGUUAGCUGGCAGGAUUAUCUGGGUGGGAUCAUACAGUAUCACUGCUCCAGUGGAAAAGCAAAUCAUGCUGUUCUCAUUACUGGUUUUGAUAGAACAGGUAGCAUCCCUUACUGGAUUGUACGCAACUCGUGGGGGCGCACAUGGGGAAUAAAUGGUUAUGCCCAUAUUAAAAUAGGUAGUAAUGUCUGUGGUAUAGCAGAUACAGUUUCAUCUGUGUUUGUUUGACACCGACUGGCCAAACGAAAAACCACCCUGCUGGCAGUAAUUUGGCAGAUACUGAUAUUCUGUAAAUUUACACUUAUUCAAUAUGAAGAUAUUUUACUUCAAAAUUUUUUAGAACUAUUUUAGUAUUAGGGAUUGGUCUCCUGGGCAUUACAGAUAUAGUGCAUCCAGAAUUCAGGAAGAUGCUUCAGCUUCCAGAGUCUGUGACCCUAAACUUGAUUGGGGCUGCACAGACAACUCUGCAGAGUACCAUACACUUGACCCUUGGUUCUGAGAAAGAAAGAUGAAACAAGAGUGGCACUCUGGUGGUCAGUUUGGAAGUUUGAGCUUUAUGCAAUGCCUGUUGAAAUAUUUUAAAUGUGGACCCUAGAUGGAAGGCAUGGAGCACUGGAAGUUUCUCAGUCCCAAAUAAUGCCCACUUACAAAUCCUGGUAGCAAGUCCUAGAAUGUCACUAACAUCACAGUUGGUUCAGAAUGAAAUGGAACAAGGGAAGAAGUGACAGGAGAUAAUGUUUGCUGAAAGUUUUCAAUCCAGAAAUCUAGCGGUAUGGCAGGGUGCAGUCUGAAGGCACUUUAAUAUGUGGAGAAACAUGAUGUGUCUUUCCAUUUCCUCUUGUCUUUCAUUUUCAGAAACCUUGUGUGAAAUGACAAUUCUUUGUUAUCACUCCUGCACUUUCUGAAGUGCCUGAAUUGGCUUUUCUUGUAACUUUGUUUGACAGCAGGUGCUGUUUGCAUAGCAUGGACUUUCUCUCUUCUGCUUUCUCUGCCUCUCGUCUUCAGUUUUCUUAUGGGCCACUCUGCAUUAUAUACCUAAACAAGCAGGUUGGAACCACAUUAUCAUUUCUCCUAACAGCUCACUGGUAUUGUGAAGGCUAAAAGAAGAAUGAGGAAGGAAAGAAAGCACACCACAUAGUGAUGGAACCAUCAAAAUUUAUAUAUGCCUUCUUGUGUAACCACAUCUCUGCUCACCCUCUCCCUUUGAGUGUCUUUGACCCUCGCCUCUCAUGUCUUAUUAAAUCUAGUUUUUAUGCUCUUCAAGAUAGGAGAUUUUUGGGGGGAAGUGCCAGGGCAUUUUGGAGAAUUCAGAAUGAAUUAAUAGUUCUUGUCUUCCAAUGUACUUGAUUACCUAUUAGUUCAGAGAGCAGUUAGCCAAUUAGGGGAACUGCAAUAACCAACCUGAGAUAUGAAAGCAUAUCUGCUGUACCCUCUGUUUGCAUGUAAGGUUGCAAAUGGGCCAUUUCAUUCUUUAAAAAGUGUUGGAGUGGCACCUGCUUCAAUCUCCUCUCUCUACCUCCAUUAAUUACACUUCUGCCAAAGGGAAAUUCAGACUAUGAUUAUCAUAGCUAAAAGAUGCCUAUAAGUCACUAAAUUUGUGUUCUGCAUAUUAAUAUCUGUCUUCUAACAGUCCAUCCUUUUUCAGGGCUAAUCAUCAAUUGUUGCUAAUUAUUAGUAGGAGAAUAAAGAAGGGCUACUGAGAUACCUCAUUUUCUCUCUGUAUUUCCCCAACCAGCACCUUUAACUGGCUUGUCACAGAGAUCAUCCCUCUAGGCACAGAUUGGUGCAUUAGUUUCAAUACAAGACCAAUUUAUCUCUGUCCUUGUCCAUGUGCUGGUCAGAGGAAAUCUCAAACAUGAUUAUAAAGGCAUUGAACUUUUUUGAUCUGGAGAACAUAAGAAUAGAAAGCAAUGUCAUUUCUGAAUUUUAAAGCAUUCCAGUAUCAUUUAUUUAUUUAGUAACUUUUGUGAAUUUUUGCUCUUCUUGUCUGGGGUAGUCCAUUUUUGCUCUAUAGAAAUAAUUGUGAGUCAAUAUUUACAUUUUUUAUAAAAACACAUUUGUAACUUUUAGUUGAAUUGUGAAGAGAUUUUACAAGUAUUUUGCACUAUGUUAAAUUUGAACAGGUUUGCUAAUUACAAUUUUGAAUAUGUGUUU